CUACCAAAAAAACUAUUAGUUGCCAAAUCCACCAAUUCUCAUUCUCUCUCUCGCGCCCAAUUCGCCUUCUCUUUCUCCUUCUUUCUUCCCCCAUUCCUAAAUCUCCCUCUCUCUCUCUCUCUCUCUCUCUCUGCCCUUUCCAUUUCAAUCAAAUUCUCUCGCUGCCGAAUCAAACACACGGACCCGAACCCGAUUUGAAUCUGUUGUUUGGAUCCAUUUCCCAAGCUCGGCAUGAAUAUAGUUUGAGUGAGUAUUUGCUAGGCCUUUUUUUUUUUUGAAAAAGCAAUACUAAUAUGGAAGAAGAAGAAGAAGUAAAAGAAGUUAGGGAAAUUUCUGAGAAGGAUUCAGAUAGUAAUGAACUAAUCUGUGGCGUACAGGGAAGAAUAGGAUCGUCUCAGCGGGUUAUCAAUGGCAUUGGCACUGAGAUUGGAAAUACAAUUGUAGGCCCUCUAGGAGUUGAUUCUGUGGCUGCGGUCAUGGAUGAAGAACAGUUUGAGCAGGUAUCGUUGAAAGAUCAGGAGAAGUCUGCUGAUGAAUCUCUGGGUGGUGGUGAUUUGGAAUCAAAUCUCUCUUCGAGUUCGGAUCAUGUAAGACGCUCAUCCGAUCGGUUUCAUGAUGGCUCUCAAUUAUCUGGCAUGUCUGGGGCAGAAAUUGAUUCUUCUCCAGUUGCUGAGACGAAACAUGAUUACCCCAUAUCAGGCCCUGGGCGAGAGAGACAGGUAGGUCAUAAGAAAUCUUCCUCAUCAACUAGUUUUGAUUCUUCUGUAUAUACAGAUGCUGCAUAUUCUCCCAUUUCUUCACCACCAAGACCUAGGCCCAAACCUGUUAUGCCAAAUGUGUCUCCAGAGUUGUUGCAUUUAGUGGAUUCUGCAAUUAUGGGGAAGCCUGAAAGCUUGGAAAAACUAAAGAAUAUUGUUACUGGUGAGGAGAAUUUUGGAAGUGAUGAUGAAAUGGACAGCAUUGCUUUCUUGGUAGUUGAUUCGCUUCUUGCAACAAUGGGUGGUGUUGAAAGUUUCGAAGAGGGCGAGGAUAACAAUCCUCCUAGUGUUAUGUUAAAUUCUCGGGCUGCCACAGUGUCGGGUGAACUUAUUCCAUGGCUUCCUUGGGCAGGUGAUAGUGAGGUUAUCAUGUCCCCUAGGACACGAAUGGUUAGGGGAUUGCUUGCUAUAUUACGGGCUUGCACAAGAAAUAGAGCAAUGUGCUCUAUGGCUGGUUUGUUAGGAGUUCUUUUAAGCACAGCAGAGAAGAUUUUUGCUCAGGAAGUUGGUUCAACAGAGCAAAUGAGAUGGGAUGGAACUCCUUUAUGCUACUGCAUCCAAUACUUAGCUGGACAUUCACUUAGUGUUAUUGAUUUGCAUAAAUGGCUUCAAGUCAUUACAAGAACGCUUACCACUUUAUGGGCUACUCGCUUAAUGCUUGCAUUGGAGAAAGCAAUGGGUGGAAAGGAGUCAAAGGGACCAGCACAAACAUUUGAGUUUGAUGGUGAAAGCUCUGGUUUGCUAGGGCCUGGUGACAGUCGUUGGCCAUUCACUAAUGGUUAUGCCUUUGCAACGUGGAUCUAUGUUGAAUCCUUUGCAGACACGUUAAAUACAGCCACUGCUGCUGCUGCUAUUGCUGCAGCUGCAGCAGCAAAGUCUGGAAAAUCAUCAGCUAUGUCAGCUGCUGCCGCUGCUAGUGCACUUGCUGGUGAAGGCACAGCACACAUGCCUCGGCUCUUCAGUUUCUUAUCUGCUGAUAAUCAGGGGAUAGAGGCAUACUUUCAUGCACAGUUUUUGGUAGUUGAAUGUGGCAGUGGAAAGGGAAAGAAGGCUUCUUUGCAUUUUACUCAUGCAUUUAAGCCACAAUGCUGGUACUUUAUUGGUUUGGAGCAUACAUGCAAGCAAGGGCUGCUUGGGAAAGCAGAAAGCGAGCUGAGAUUGUAUAUUGAUGGAUCCUUGUAUGAAAGUCGUCCUUUUGAGUUUCCUCGGAUUUCCAAGUCACUUGCAUUUUGCUGUAUUGGGACAAAUCCCCCUCCUACAAUGGCUGGUUUACAACGUCGGCGACGUCAGUGCCCUUUGUUUGCUGAGAUGGGGCCUGUUUAUAUCUUUAAGGAACCAAUUGGUCCAGAAAGGAUGGCACGUUUGGCUUCUAGAGGAGGAGAUGUGCUGCCUUCUUUUGGUAGUGGAGCUGGACUACCAUGGUUAGCGGCAAAUGAUCAUGUGCAAAGCUUGGCAGAGGAAAGUUCUCUUUUGGAUGCAGAAAUUGGUGGAUGCAUUUACCUUCUCUAUCACCCGAGUUUGCUAAGUGGUAGAUUCUGUCCAGAUGCUUCUCCUUCUGGUGCUGCAGGAAUGCUCCGACGACCAGCUGAGGUUCUUGGGCAAGUCCAUGUUGCUACACGAAUGAGACCAGUGGAGGCGUUGUGGGCCUUGGCCUAUGGCGGUCCCAUGUCUUUGCUACCACUGGCAGUAAGCGAUGUUGAUAAAGAUAGCCUAGAUCCACAACCAGGGAAUUUUCCUUUUUCACUGGCCACUGCUACUCUUGCUUCCCCAAUAUUCCGAAUUAUUUCUAUGGCUCUUCAACAUCCUUGGAACAAUGAAGAGUUGUGUCGUACCAAAGGGCCUGAGGUUCUGUCUAGAAUCUUAAACUUUCUUUUGCAAAGUCUGUCUUCUCUUGAUGAUGGGAAGCGCAAUGGUGUUGGAAAUGAGGAACUUGUUGCAGCCAUUGUCUCCCUAUGUCAAUUUCAAAAGAUUAAUCACGCCCUCAAAGUGCAUCUUUUCAGUACGCUGCUAUUGGAUCUCAAAAUUUGGAGCUUGUGCAACUAUGGACUACAAAAGAAGCUUCUCUCAUCACUUGCAGACAUGGUUUUCACAGAGUCAUCAGUAAUGCGAGAUGCAAAUGCUAUUCAGAUGCUUCUUGAUGGCUGCAGAAUAUGCUAUUGGACAAUUCAUGAAAAGGACUCGGUGAAUACUUUUUCUCUAAAGGAGUCCAUGCGUCCAGUUGGUGAAGUGAAUGCUUUGGUUGAUGAACUUUUAGUAAUUAUUGAACUUCUAGUAGGAGCAGCACCUCCUCCUUUUGCUUCAGAUGAUGUCCGUUGUUUACUAGGGUUCAUGGUUGACUGCCCACAACCCAAUCAGGUUGCAAGGGUGUUGCAUCUAAUGUAUCGGUUGGUGGUACAGCCGAAUACAUUUAGAGCUCAAACAUUUGCAGAGGCAUUCCUAGCAUGUGGUGGUGUAGAAACACUUCUUGUUCUGCUGCAAAGAGAAGCUAAAUCUGGUGACUCUAGUGAUAUUGAUACUGUGACUGAGAGUGAUGAUAGUUUGUCGGUCCAGGAACCUGAACUAGGUUGUGAUAGUGGGGUUCCUGAGACAAGUCAGGAUAAUGUAGGAUCCACAGAGGAAAAUGAAUUUGUUUUACAUGAGAAAGAUUGUGAUUCUCAACCUCUUGAAAGUGGUAUCAGCCCUGUUGCUUAUUCCCCCAGCAUGACAGUUGAAAGGAUGACAUCUGUAUCCGAGAAUCCUUUAAUUAAAAAUUUGGGUGGUAUAAGCUUAUCAAUUAGUGCUGACAAUGCGAGAAAUAAUGUUUACAACAUUGACAAAAGUGAUGGGAUUGUUGUUGGGAUCAUAGGUCUCUUAGGUGCUUUAUUAGCAUCAGGGCAUUUGAAAUUUGGUUCACAUGCUUCUUCAGAUAUGUCAAGCAAUCUUUUUGGUAGUGGGCUGCCUGAUGGAGGUGGUACUAUGUUUGAUGAUAAAGUUUGUCUGCUACUUUAUGCUUUACAGAAAGCUUUCCAUGCGGCACCAAACAGGCUCAUGACUGGCAAUGUAUACACGGCUUUAAUGGGGGCUUCGAUUAAUGCUUCUUCGGCAGAUGAUGGCCUGAACUUUUAUGAUUCUGGUCAUCGCUUUGAACAUUCACAACUUUUGUUGGUUCUUUUGCGUUCACUUCCAUAUGCAUCUAGGAGUUUUCAAAGUCGAGCUCUGCAGGAUCUUCUGUUUUUGGCUUGCAGUCAUCCAGAAAAUAGAAGCAGUCUGACAAACAUGGAGGAAUGGCCUGAAUGGAUUCUGGAAAUUCUUAUCUCAAACCAUGAGUUGGGUGCAAGCAAAAGCCUUAAUUCUACAGGCUUAGGAGACAUAGAGGACCUUAUACACAACUUCCUGAUUAUCAUGUUAGAGCAUUCAAUGCGCCAAAAGGAUGGAUGGAAGGAUAUUGAGGCUACAAUUCAUUGUGCAGAAUGGCUUUCUAUUGUGGGUGGAUCGAGCACUAGAGACCAGCGGGUCAGACGUGAAGAAUCUUUGCCAAUAUUUAAAAGAAGGCUGUUGGGUGGCUUGCUGGAUUUUGCUGCAAGGGAACUGCAGGUUCAGCAGACUCAAGUUAUUGCUGCAGCUGCUGCUGGUGUUGCAGCUGAGGGGUUGUCACCAAAAGAUUCUAGAGCAGAAGCAGAGAAUGCUGCCCAGCUUUCUGUGGCUCUGGUUGAGAAUGCAAUUGUUAUACUAAUGCUUGUUGAGGAUCAUUUACGGUUACAGAGCAAACUAUCCUGCGCUUCACGUGCUAAAGAUGGCUCUCCAUCUUCCUUUUCUCUUGCGUCUCCUUUGAAUAACCACCCAAAUUCAUUAACAACUGGCAGAGAAUCAAUGGAAGCUAUGGGUGAUCGCAGAUCAUCAUCUAGUGAUACUGGGGGACUCCCUCUUGAUGUCCUUGCUUCAAUGGCAGAUACAAAUGGGCAAGUUUCUGCAGCAGUGAUGGAACGCCUUACUGCAGCAGCAGCUGCUGAGCCUUACGAAUCUGUUGCCUGUGCUUUUGUGUCAUAUGGGAGUUGUGCUAUGGAUAUAGCUGAGGGUUGGAAAUAUAGGAGCAGAUUAUGGUAUGGUGUUGACAAUCCUUCAAUAACAGCCAUCUCUGGUGGUGGUGGCAGUGGCUGGGAAUCUUGGAAGUCUGCUUUGGAAAAAGAUGCAAAUGGAAACUGGAUUGAACUUCCUCUGGUAAAGAAAUCUGUUGCAAUGCUCCAAGCUUUAUUGUUAGAUGAGUCUGGACUUGGUGGUGGUCUUGGUAUUGGCGGAGGAUCAGGUACUGGAAUGGGUGGAAUGGCUGCACUAUACCAGUUAUUGGACAGCGACCAACCAUUCUUAUGCAUGCUUCGGAUGGUGCUUCUCUCAAUGAGGGAAGAAGAUGAUGGUGAAGACACUAUGCUUAUGAGAAAUGUAAGCUUAGAGGACAGCAUGCCAGAAGGAAGGAAACCACGCUCAGCCUUGUUGUGGAGUGUGCUUUCACCUGUCCUAAACAUGCCAAUUUCCGAUUCCAAGAGACAGCGAGUAUUGGUAGCAUCUUGUGUUCUUUAUUCUGAGGUAUGGCAUGCAGUUGGUAGGGACAGAAAGCCUCUUCGCAAACAGUACCUUGAGGCCAUAUUACCACCAUUUGUUGCUGUUCUGAGGAGGUGGCGGCCACUUUUGGCUGGAAUUCAUGAACUUGCUACUGCUGAUGGUUUGAACCCUCUUAUUGUUGAUGACCGUGCAUUGGCUGCUGAUGCCCUGCCAAUAGAGGCUGCUCUUGCCAUGAUAUCUCCAGCUUGGGCUGCUGCUUUUGCAUCACCGCCUGCUGCAAUGGCAUUGGCAAUGAUUGCUGCUGGUGCUUCUGGGGGUGAGUCCUCAGCUCCUGCCACUAAUUUGCAGCUCAAGCGUGAUUCAUCAUUGCUUGAAAGGAAAACUGCUAGGCUUCAUACAUUUUCAAGCUUUCAUAAACCUUUGGAGGCACCUAACAAAUCGCCAGCACUUCCUAAGGACAAAGCUGCUGCAAAAGCUGCUGCCUUGGCAGCUGCACGUGAUCUUGAACGCAGUGCCAAGAUUGGUUCUGGAAGGGGUCUCAGUGCUGUGGCAAUGGCCACUUCUGCACAACGAAGGAAUGCCAGUGACAUGGAGCGUGUGAAGAGAUGGAAUGUAUCUGAAGCAAUGGGAGUUGCUUGGAUGGAAUGUUUGCAACCAGUUGAUACAAGAUCAGUUUAUGGGAAAGAUUUUAAUGCUCUUUCCUACAAAUUCAUUGCUGUACUUGUUGCAAGUUUUGCUCUAGCAAGGAACAUGCAACGAUCAGAGAUUGACAGGCGCGCUCAAGUUGAUGUAAUAGCUCGUCAUCGUUUUUCAACUGGAAUUCGUGCAUGGCGCAAACUUGUCCAUUGCUUGAUAGAAAUGAACUGCCUUUUUGGUCCAUUUGGGGACCAUUUAUGCAAUCCUGCACGUGUUUUUUGGAAGUUGGACUUAAUGGAAAGUGCUUCAAGGAUGAGACCAUGUUUGAGGAGGAAUUAUAGAGGGUCUGAUCACUUUGGUGCUGCUGCCAAUUAUGAGGAUCAUAUUGAGACAAAGCAGGAUCAAGAAAAUGUCAUAAAUUCAUCGAAUGCUCCUAUUCUAGCAGCUGAAGCCAUCUCGAUGGAGCCAGUCAAUGAAGAAGAUGAGCAGGUGGAAAUUGAUAAUUCAGAUAUCAGGGCUCAUGAAACAAAACAUGGUGCAGAUAUUCAGCCAAGAGCAUCUGGGACAGCUGAGCAAACCAUGCAGGCAUCCCUUGGAGGUAAUGAUCAACUCACUAGUGACCAAGACUUGGUCCAAAGUUCUUCAGCAGUUGCCCCUGGGUAUGUUCCCAGCGAACUUGAUGAAAGAAUAGUUUUUGAGCUUCCUUCAUCAAUGGUUCGGCCACUGAGGGUUGUACGAGGAACCUUUCAAGUAACCAGUAGGAGAAUAAAUUUUAUAGUUGAUAAUAGUGAGACCAACAUCACAGAUGGGUUGGAAUGCAGUACUGAGUUGAGAGGCCUAGAAAAGGAUCACAGCUGGUUGAUGUCCUCUCUUCAUCAAAUAUAUAGCAGAAGGUAUCUCCUAAGAAGGAGUGCUUUGGAACUGUUCAUGGUUGACCGCUCAAAUUUCUUCUUUGAUUUUGGGAGUGUUGAGGGGCGGCGAAAUGCAUAUCGAGCUAUUGUUCAAGCACGUCCUCCUCAUUUGAACAAUAUAUAUUUGGCAACUCAGAGACCUGAUCAACUCCUGAAGAGAACUCAGCUUAUGGAACGUUGGGCAAGGUGGGAGAUCAGCAAUUUUGAAUAUCUGAUGCAGCUGAAUACCCUGGCUGGUCGUAGUUAUAAUGACAUCACUCAGUAUCCAGUUUUCCCUUGGAUUCUUUCUGACUACAGUUCAAAAAGUUUGGAUCUCGCUGAUCCUUCUUCUUAUCGAGAUCUUUCAAAGCCUGUUGGUGCUUUGAAUCCUGACCGUCUCAAAAAAUUCCAAGAGAGAUAUUCUAGCUUUGAGGAUCCUGUCAUCCCCAAAUUCCAUUAUGGUUCACACUACUCAAGUGCUGGAACAGUUCUAUAUUACCUUGUUAGGGUUGAACCAUUUACAACUCUCUCGAUUCAAUUGCAAGGUGGCAAAUUUGAUCAUGCAGAUCGGAUGUUUUCAGAUAUUGCUGGUACUUGGAAUGGAAUUCUUGAGGAAAUGAGUGAUGUGAAGGAAUUGGUUCCUGAGCUAUUUUACCUCCCUGAGACCUUGACCAAUGAAAACUCAAUUGAUUUUGGUACAACACAAUUAGGUGGAAAGCUUGAUUCUGUUGAACUUCCUCCUUGGGCUGAAAACCCAAUUGAUUUCAUUCAUAAGCAUCGAAUGGCUCUUGAGAGCGAGCAUGUAUCUGCCCAUUUGCAUGAGUGGAUUGAUCUUAUAUUUGGGUAUAAGCAACGGGGCAAAGAAGCUAUAUUGGCAAAUAAUGUAUUCUUUUAUAUCACCUAUGAAGGGACAGUCGAUAUUGAUAAGAUCGUGGACCCAGUACAACAGCGCGCUACACAAGACCAGAUUGCAUACUUUGGACAAACCCCAUCCCAACUUUUGACUGUCCCUCAUUUGAAGAAGAUGCCAUUAGCUGAUGUUCUUCAUUUGCAGACCAUCUUUCGCAAUCCUCAAGAAGUCAAACCAUAUGCUAUUCCAACACCUGAACGCUGCAAUCUACCUGCAGCUGCCAUUCAUGCUUCUUCAGAUACUGUUGUAAUUGUUGAUAUCAAUGCCCCAGCGGCACGUGUUGCACAGCACAAGUGGCAGCCCAACACACCUGAUGGUCAGGGUACACCGUUCCUCUUUCAACAUGGCAGAGCCUCAGCCAGCUCUGCUGGUGGAACAUUUCUGCGCAUGUUCAAAGGACCAGCUGGAUCUGGUGCUGACGAGUGGCACUUUCCCCAAGCUCUAGCAUUUGCCACAUCUGGGAUCAGAAGCUCAGCUAUAGUUUCAAUUACAUGUGACAAUGAAAUUAUUACUGGUGGACACUUGGAUAAUAGUAUCAAGCUAAUAUCAUCUGAUGGUGCAAAAACCUUAGAAACAGCCCAUGGGCACUGUGCUCCAGUUACUUGUCUUGGUCUUUCACCUGAUAGCAACUACCUGGUGACGGGAUCCAGGGACACGACGGUAUUACUUUGGAGAAUACAUAGGGCAUUUACUUCUCGCUCAACCAGCAUAUUAGAGCCUUCCACUGGAACAGGGGCACCGACUUCAACCAGCAGUACUACUCCAUCAAACGUAUUAGCAGACAAAAGCAGGAGGUGUCGUAUUGAAGGUCCCCUACAUGUUCUUCGGGGUCACCACCAGGAAAUACUCUGUUGUUGUGUCAACUCAGAUCUGGGAGUUGUGGUUUCAUGCUCCACUUAUUCAGAUAUUCUCUUGCAUUCUAUAAGAAGGGGUCGCCUGAUAAGAAGGCUUUCUGGUGUGGAGGCCCAUGCUGUCUGUCUCUCAUCUCAGGGGGUUGUAAUGGCCUGGAAUAAAUCACAACAAACUCUCAGUACCUUCUCUCUUAAUGGGGUUUUGAUUGCCAGAGCACAACUUCCUUUCCAUUGUAGCAUCAGUUGCUUGGAAAUUUCUUUGGACGGGGAGAGUGCUUUGAUUGGAAUGAAUUCAUGUUUGGAAAAUGAUAUGACUGCCAAUAAUAGAUGGGAUCUGAAGUUACAGAAGCCAGGGACUGAAAAUCUUGAUUUGGAAUCAGAUGAAACUGGGAAAAGCAACAGAUUGGAUCUUCCAUCGCCUUCAAUUGGCUUCCUGGAUCUGCAUACUCUUAAGUUAUUUCAUAUACUGGAGCUUGGUGAAGGGCAAGAUAUUACAGCUCUGGCUCUAAACAAGGAUAACACGAAUCUCUUGGUGUCAACUGCAGAUAAACGGUUGAUAAUAUUCACAGAUCCAGCUUUGAGUUUGAAAGUGGUGGAUCACAUGCUCAAGCUUGGUUGGGAAGGUGAUGGGCUCAGACCCCUCAUAAAGUCGUAGUUUUAGACCUUCAAUAUUUGUUUUACUGGAUACGGAACACAAAAGACAUGGAUACCAUUAUUAUACCACCAGGACAGAUAUACUACAAGAGCCUGUUGGCUGCCUUGUUCAAAAUCAAAGUCAAUUUCGUUCAACGCCGUCUGUGUGGGUGUAACAUAAGUAUUAGUCUAGCAGAGCAAUCCUAUGUAUAUCUAUAGAGUGCGUUGUUGUUAGAUGUAUUCAGGCAUUUUGUUUUUUAAAGGAAACAAAAAUUGAGUUGUAAGUAUGCUGUCAUUGAGGUUGAAGAUCUUUAGGGUCUGAGGUUAGGCUGUUCAUUUUUGUCAAUCAAAAAUUUUUGUUAUAGAAAAUUAAAUGAAAGUACAGUAUAUACAUUCCUGUAUUCUUUUUGGAUAGAGACUACCGUGAAUUGCUUUCUCCGGUAGCUCAAUAGACCCAUAUAUCUCAAGUCAAACAGAAUUGAAUCAUGGUAAAUAGAAUUGAGGUAUUGAAGGCUGCCCCAUCA